AAGCCUAUAUAAACAAACACGCACACUAAACAAACACUAACCAGUCUGACUCUUGAACAGUAAGCAUUAACAGCUUUUGUAUCUUGCUGUAUCAAAACAUGGGCAUUUUCUUCUCCAACCUUUUCUCGCGUCUCUUGAAGAAGAAAGACAUGAGGUUGCUUAUGGUUGGUCUGGAUGCAGCAGGAAAAACAACAGUCCUCUACAAACUCAAACUUGGUGAAGUUGUCACAACUAUUCCAACUAUUGGUUUUAAUGUGGAGACGGUUGAUUAUAAAAACAUCUCGUUCACUGUUUGGGAUAUUGGUGGUCAGAGUUUAAUUCGAGGUCUCUGGAGACAUUACUAUCACAACACUCAGGGUCUGAUCUUUGUGGUGGACAGCAGUGAUCGUGACCGGAUUGAAACAGCAGCAGAGGAACUAAAGGCGAUGCUGGCGGAGGACGAGAUGAGAGACGCGGUUCUGUUAGUUCUUGCUAACAAACAGGAUUUACCCAAAGCCAUGCCGGUCCCCGAGCUGACAGACAAACUGGGUUUACACACACUGAGAGGACGACAGUGGUUUGUUCAGGCCACAUGUGCGGUUCAAGGGUCAGGUUUAUAUGAAGGACUGGAUUGGCUCUCGGAUCAACUGUCCAGACGACCGUGAUGCUGGAACUUUACUUUGGGGUUUUUGUGGCCUGAUACUUCAACACUAACACAUCCUGUGAUUGAAUGUAACAGCCUCCAGCUGUUUAUUAUCUGAAAUGCAUUUUUGAUUUAUUAAUGUUAAAUUAUAAAAGGCACAUUCUAUCGGUUCUAUGAGGUUACUUCUGAAAACAUGUUUUAACACACUGAAAGAAACAAACUUUGAAUGACUUCUGUUUAUGUGUUUGGUUUUAUCUGGAUUUUGAAAGAAUAAGCUGAUGUCUGCCUGAGAAUUAUAUAUGUAUGUGUGUGUGUGUGUGUGUGUGUGUGUUUCCUACUCCAAUAAAUAAUUUAUUUAUUUACAAACAUUAGUAUUCUUAUGUCUUAUUUUAAUGUAAUAUUAAAUAGAAAAAUGCAUGCGAAAGAAAGAAUGUUUUGCACAGUUAUGAUUGAUUGAUGUAAGAUGUAUCAGAAUGUAAACAUGUUCUUAAUAUUACGUUUUUAUGAUACAUCAGGAAAAAAACUGAUCCAAUAAAUGAUGAAUUCAUGCAAAAAA